UUCAUUCCUAGCUGCUACUACUAACUGCUUCUACUUGCUCGUACUAGAAUAGUGAAAACUCCUUAUAAUUGAAAGGAAAAAUGUCAUCUUCUCUGUCUGGUAAGUUAAGUAUUGAAGUAGAGGCAAAGUCAUCUGCUCCUGCUUUAUAUGAGGCUAACUCGAAACGAUUCUACGAGAUACCAAAACUUUGCCCUAACUUUAUACAGAAGGUUGAUUUAGUAGAAGGUAAUCGGGAAAAUGUGGGUGCUGUCAUAAACUGGCAUUUCUUAUUCGAGGGGAAAACUGUGAAUUCCCAGGAGAUAUUGGAGAGCAUAGAUGAUGAGAAACUAUCCGUCACUUUCAAGGUGAUAGGAGGAUUACUCGUAGAGGCGUACAAAAGUUUCAAGUUCGUUUUUCAGGCCAUUCCAAAGAAACAGGGAUGCUUAGCCCGUUGGACAGUUGAAUAUGAGAAACUUAACGAGGAGAUUCCAGAUCCAAAAGAAAUGCUUCAGUUUGCAGCUGAUCUUAUCAAAGAGAUGGAUGAUAAUCUUAUGAUCAAGCGCAAGGAGUACCUGUGAACAAAAAUAUCACAUAUUAUAGCAUAUAUAUAAAUAAAUACCUUUAUUUUCUGAAAAAGAAAGUAUGUAAAAAGGUACCCUUUCUUGUAUUGUUGGUUUCUUUGUUUUUGGUCAUCUUAGUUUGAGCAGGUACCUCGUGUCUUUCAUGGUGGAUCAAUCCAUUAUAUGUACUCAUAUGGUAUUUGAUCUGUCUCUCUAUCCCUCUCUGUAUGCUUAUUAUAAUAAACCUGCAAACGGAACUUCCUUA